AUGCACACGCACAGCAGCAGGGUGGAGGAGGACGCGGCGAUCACGCUCACAGAGGCUGACGAGCUGGAUGGCGCCCUGGACCUCUUCAUGGAGGGCGCAAACUUCGCCUUCCGCAUCAGAAACGGCCGCCCCCGCUUCAACCCCACGCAGCAGGCGCAGUUCCGGCAGCUGAAGCGGCGCUUCGGGGCCGAAUUCACGCACACGGGCCUGGUCGGGCUGCUGCAGGAGCGGCGCGCCGCCAAGCUGGCCGCCGAGGCGGCCGCGGCCGCCGCCGCGCAGGCGCAGCAGGCGGCGGCGGCGCAGCAGGCUGCGGCCCAGGCGGCGGCGCGGGCGCGGCAGCAGGCGGCGACGCAAUCGCAGGCGCAGGCGGCCGCGGCGGCGCGGGCGCGGCAGCCGGCGGCGCCGCAGUCGCAUGGGGCGGUCACGCAGGCCGCGGCGCUGCUGGCAGCGCAGCAGGCGCAGGAGCGGAUGCAGCAGCAGCGGCCGCAGCCGCCGCAGUUCUCGGCGGCGCAGCUGGAGCAGUGGAUGCGCAUGCCGCCCCAAAACAUGAAGGGCGCGCUGGUCGCCCGCCCUCUAGAUCACCUGCAAGCGCUCGCAAGGCAGUUUGACCUGCUCAUUGCCCAGCCGCAGUCGCAGGUGCGGGCGAUGCAGCUGCAGAUGCUCAAGGCUGAGGUGGCGUUGGCCAUACGCCUGCGGUGGAACGCGACGGUGCUGGCGCAGCAGCGACAGCAGCAGCAGCAGCAGCAGCAGCAGCAGCAGCAGCAGCAGCAGCAGCAGCAGCAGCAGCGACAUCAGCAGCAGCAGCAGCAGCAGCAGCAGCAGCAGCAGCAGCAGCCGGCGGGCCAGGGCGCGCAGCUGCCGCACGGUGCCCAGCCGCCUGUACGAGAUCUUGCGUCACAACUAGAGUUGCUGCGACAAGCGCAGCGGCAACAGCAACAGCUGCUGCAGCAGCAGCAGCAGCAGCAGCAGCAGCAGCAGCCGCCCCACAGGGAAAUCAGGAGGCUGCCGCCAGGGAUGCAGCUGGCCGGUCCGCGCCCACCCGCCGCGCAGCCCCCCUCGCACCCGCAGCCCGGCGCCCCGUCCCCGCAACCGCCGCCCGCCCGCACCCCCGCCCCGGCGGCGCCGGCGGCCGCUCAGGGCGGGGCGGCGGCCUCGCAGGGCGGCGCGGCGGCCGCGGACGUCGCCAUCACGAGGAGCCUGCUGAACGAAUUGGAGUCGCGGCUGGGCGCCUCGGAGCCCGUUCGAUUCCAGGCGGCGGCGCUUUUUUUGGCCCUGAGGAACCUGGGCGCGUCUGCCGGCCGGCCGGGCGUGACAGAGCAGCAGGAAGCGCUCCUGACUCAGCACAUGCUGCCCCUUUCAGAGCCGGACAAGCUGGUGCUGCGUCGCGCUUUGCCGCUGAUAGGGGCGCGCCUCCCGGGCGCCGCGGUUGCGCCCGCGGGGGCGGCGGCGCUGCCGGCGCCGCGGCUGCCGCAGCAGCCGUCCCCACCGCAGGCGCGUCCCCAGCCCGCCGCUUCGGCGCCCGCUCCGGCGCUCGCGAAGCGGGCCGCAGGGCCCGGGCCGGACGGCGGGGGCGGCGGCGGCAGCGCCACCAAGCGCGCGCGGGCCGACAGCGCGCCUGCGCCUGCGCUUGCUCCCGCUUUGGCGUCCCCCGCCGCGCCGCGUGCGGCGUCGCAGGGGGCGCCGCCUGCGGCACGCCGGCAGGGGCCCUCGCCAGCGACAGGGCCGGGCGCCAGCGGCAGCAGCGGCAGCGGCGGCGGCGCCGCCGCCGCCGCCGCGGGCCAGCGCAUGGAGGUUCUUGAUCUGACUUUGGACGACGACUGA